AUGAGGGAUUUGAGCUAUUUUGAAAAAUUUUACUAUUAUCGGCACCUUCAUUCGUUGUCAUCAUCAAUCUUCAUUGCAGCGAAAUAUGACGGAAUCCAGCUAACUCCUGAUUUGAUAUACAACUGCGUAGCAAACAUUAUUCAAAAACAUCCCCAUUUUUACUUAAAUAUUUUCGAAAAAGAAAGUAAAAAUCCAUUUUUGAACAAAAUUAAUCAGUUAAAUCUUGUUCAAAUCAUUCGAUUUGUUGAUAGAGAUAUCGAGGAUGUGGGAUUAAUUAAAGAUCUAAUAAAUUUUAAAUUUGAGUAUAAUAAUGAUCAACUACCGCUUUGGAAAGUUUUGGUUUUGAAGGACAACUGGAUUUUGUUCAGCUGUGAUCACCUAUUGUUUGAUGGUGUUUCUUGCGCAAAUUUCCACGAAUGCUUAUUGCAAGAGUUUAACCGUGGAUGUACCCAGUACAAACAAAUGGAAGAACUCGCAAAGAUACCUUAUAGCGUGCAUCCUGAGGAUGUUAUAAAUAUCUAUAAGCCUCCAAAGUUGACCUUGUCUUUUAUGUUUACUGUGGUAUUACCUUUUUUGUUAGACACCAUUUCCAACCUUUUAUUGACAAUUCCACUGCUCUCUUUUUUUUUCUUUUCUAAAAAAAAAGAUAUAUUAUCUAACUCAGGGUUUCUUAUCCAAAAAAAAAGGUUUAUCGAAAAUUAUCAAAAGUUGAAUGUGCCAAGUGAUAAAUUAACAAGGUUACACGGUUUAUGUAAGAAAAGGAAUGUGACCCUUACUUCGUUAUUAUUAACGUUAUUUGGUCUAGCAUUGCAAAGAAACUCUGUAGGUAAAGAUGAUAGCAUUACAAUAGGACUUCCUAUUAACAUUAGAUGCAAAGCAAAUACAUCAAUAGAUGAAAGUAAAUUCGGCUUGUUCCUUAAAUCAUCAGAUAUAACCAUCACCGAUUACCUCGAGCCUUGCAAUUUGGGCGCUAUGGACUUUUGGAAAGUGGUAUCAUUAGUAAAUGCUAAAAUUAGAAAAGAUGUCAAAGAUGAUAAACUGUUUAAUAUUCUCAGUCUACUAAAUUUCGUUGAUAUAGACAAAUGGUUACAAGAUAAAAUCGACCGUCCGCCAACAUCUUCCUUUGAAUUUUCAAAUAUCGGAUUGAAAUUUUGCCCAUCAGAAUUUACAGAAAAAUGCCAGAUUGUGGACUCCUUAUUUUGUCAAUAUUUAGGAUUCCAAAACUAUUUCAAUAUCUCUUGUAUCUCCACUGUGAAGGGGGGCACUAAUUUUUCCUUUAAUUAUCCAUAUGAAUUGACUGAUGAAGUGAAAGCGUUCUUUAAAACAUUCCAACAGUACAUUGAUGUACUUUUGGAAGAUUAA